CGCUAGCCUCCUGGAUCGAUUCAUCACCCAUGUGUCUUCUCCGCACUAUCGCUCCACUUCCCCAUGGCACUGGAUGCAGACAUACCGGCGAUUUGGUCGAGACCACGAGGUGCGUCAGGCCGCUUCGUUCAGGGUAUAUAUAUGCGUAGAGAUAUGCGCUAUUGAAGCAGAAGCAUCGAAGUUUCAUCGACAAGAAGCCGCCUCUCACUUCGACCGCAAUGGACAGCAAACAGGAUAUCGGAGUUGAUCAUCGAGAAGAUGUUGAUCACCACGGCCAACCAGAAGAAGACAUGCGGCCGUGGUACCAUCAGCCCGAACUGCGAAAGCUGUACUUGCUGAUGCCAUUCUUGUUCCUCGGUUCUACUACCCUAGGGUACGAUGGCAGUCUCCUCAAUGGUCUACAGACUAUGCCAGCAUGGAAAGAGUUCUUCCAUCACCCCACAGGAUCACGUCUCGGCCUCCUAGGUGCAUUCCCGGGAUUCGGCGGCUUCGCAGUUCUCCUAUUUACACCCUACAUCGCCGACAUGAUGGGACGCAGGCUGGGCACCGCGAUUGGUUGCCUCCUAGUCAUUAUGGGCUCAAUCAUCCAAGCCUUUCCACGCAAGGAUAACCCAGACGCCAUGUUUCUGGCCGGCAGAUUCAUCAUGGGGAUGGGUAGCAACAUCUCGAAUGCGACGUGCCCACUUCUGAUUACUGAGGUUGCGCAUCCACGACAUCGAGGUAGGGUAACGACCGUAUACAAUACCCUGUGGUAUCUAGGUGCUAUCAUCGCGGCGUGGACGACGUACGGUACCUUGACUCACAUCUCUUCCGAUCUAUCGUGGCGUCUUCCGGUAGGCCUUCAAUGCGCCAUGCCUGGUAUACAGUUGCUUGCCCUAUACCUCCUUCCAGAAUCGCCGCGCUGGCUAGUCAGCAAGAACAAGCACUCUGCCGCAAAGAAGAUACUCACCAAAUAUCACGGGAAUGGAGCCGAGACCGACUUUGUGAAUUGGGAAUACAACGAGAUAAGUCUAACUCUGGAGGCUGAGAAGGCCGCGAGUGCCUCCAGUGGGUGGUACGAAUUAGUCCGGACCCCUGGCAAUAGGAAGCGCUGCUUGCUGAUCAUCCUUACUGCCAUCUUCUCGCAAUGCUCGGGCAACGGGCUUGUGAGCUACUACCUCGCAGCGGUCCUUCAGACUAUCGGCAUAACUAACUCCUCCGAUCAAGCGCUCAUCAAUGGUGGUCUAACAAUCUGGUGUUGGCUCGUUUCUCUCGGAUGCGCUUUCCUUGUUGAUCGAGUGGGGCGACGAACCCUUUUCUUGAGUGCCGGUAUUGGUAUGCUUAUCGCCUUCACCAUCUGGACCGCGUGCAGCGCGGUGUACGCGCAGACUGGAAACUCAAGUGCCGGUUCCGCGGUUCUCGCAAUGAUCUUCCUCUUCUAUGGAGCCGCCGGUAUCGCUUGGCCUGGCCUAACAGUUUCCUACACCGUCGAAAUCCUCCCUUUCAAUAUCCGCGCCAAAGGCCUCACACUUUGUUUCGUGUUCACGUCGCUAGCCGGUAUUUUCAACCAGUACGUGAACCCAAUUGGUAUUGAAGCAUUAGGCUGGAAGUUCUAUAUCGUAUACGUUGUGGUGUUGGUAUUGGAGUGCUUGGCCAUUUACUUCCUGUACGUCGAGACGAAAGGUCCGGCUUUGGAAGAGAUCGCGUUGCUAUUCGAUGGUGAUAGUGCUAAUGUCGCGGGGACGAACCUUGCAUUAGACCAGAACGGAGGGUUGAAGGAGCUCAAGCGUGGAGAGUGAUGGCUAUGCUGUUAUCGUCACGGAUAUAGGAUCGGUUGGACUACAGCGAAUUAGAAGGCUGUUCAGCGUGAGCAAGUGCAAAACCACUUCCCAUCCUAUGGUGACUUCAAAUGACUAUGUAAUACUCUCGGUGAAGCAACCCUCACGAUGUCUUGUAGCUUGGCGGGUAACCGAGAGCACUGCCUUUGUCGAAG